CAUGAGACUGUGAGCUUCUUGAGAUCAGGGAUUUUUUUUUUUUUUUUUUUACUUUUCUUUGCAUCUCCAGUAUAUAGCAUAGUGCAUGGCACUUAGUAAGUUCAUAAUAAAUAUUUGAUUCAUAUCCUGAAAGAGAUGUGACAGAAUCAAGUUGCAAAAUGAACCACAUGUUUAGGAGAGCAACCAAUAUGGGAAUCUCUUUUUUAUUUGAUAAUAAACCUAUACAUAACUUUUUUUUUUCUCUGCAAUGAAGGGAGGAGUGAGGAGGAAGAAGAGAACUCAAGGUAGUGUUGCAAAAAAGAAAGCACGAACAAGAAGAGAAAGAAAAUCAUUGAAACACGUUUUUCAAAUGCCAGGAGAAAAGAAAAUCACAGAUGAAUAGGACAGCUUUGAAAAUGAUGCAUUAAAGAAUUUUAAUGCAGACUCACAGUUUCGUGUGUAAGGGGGAAGGGCAAGGGGAGGGAGGCGGGAAAGGGCAAGGGGAGGGAGGCCAAAGACACCUAUUGAAUCUCAGUCUUGAGGCACACGGCAACCAAGCAGGGGUCCUCAUUGCCGUCAGCUUGUCUGCCUUUCCUCUGUGCUGUUUCUGUCACCAGGCCCCCAUAAGGCUGCCUUGUCACACUGCUGACUCGUGCCAAGCACUCAAAUCCUUCCAUAUUAAUCUUUGCCCGUAUUUCAUCUUUUAUUUGGGCGAUGGAGCUUCAUGCUAACAUUGAUAAAAAAGUAUGGAACCCAGCAGGCUCUAUGACCACCACAAAGAAGCCUGGAACGAUGUUUAGGCCGACCUGACAAUGUGCAGUCCAAUCCGUCAGAGCCGGAAGUGGCCCUCAGAACACCGGAUGUCAGAGGUGGAAAGAAACUUAGGGGCUAGCUUUUGUACAGGGGGGAAACAGGCCCAGGUAGUGGCAGGCCGACAACGAUGCAAGGGAAAAUAUUCAAAGUGGCUUCAAAAACCCUUGUGGAUGAGGCAGGAUUGAAGCGGCUACUAGGGUUGUACAUGGACCACGGGCUCCUCCACACCCUCCCCUGAGGUAUUACCUUCUCCCGCCUCCCACCAGCGCCCCAGUCCGGAACGUUUGUCGCCGGCCCGUGGCGGCAGGAACGGCGGCUCCUUGGAGAGGGACUACUUCCGGCGUCUUGAUGCUCGCCGGGUCUUGUCACUUCCGCCGUGGCGCGUCCGGCGGGCGGAGCCUCUUCUAGCCUUGCCGGCAGCCGGGCAGCCUUCCUCAUAGCCAGUCCCAGCCACCUCCGCGUCUCGAGCCCCCCCUUUGUACCCUCUCUCCCCGACAACCCGGGUCUGGCCUCCGCCUCACGGGGAGGGCGGGUUUUCUCCUCUGCCCAUGGGCUCCGGGCGGCCCGGACCCAGGACGUGACCGAGCCGGGCUGAGGCUGAUGACUUAGGGGCCUGUUGAAAGCCUCCGCCGUGUGCCGGGGGGCGGUGCCUAGAGCUGCAGGACCCAUGGAGAAGAUGGCCCGGGUCACCACAGCCCUGGGGGGCAACACCCUCACGGGCCGAACCAUGUACUGCCACCUGGACGCCCCGGCCAACGCCAUAAGUGUGUGUCGGGAUGCCGCGCAGGUAGUGGUGGCCGGCCGGAACAUCUUCAAGAUUUACGCCAUCGAGGAGGAGCAGUUCGUGGAGAAGCUGAACCUUCGGGUGGGCCGCAAACCCUCUCUGAACUUCAGCUGUGCCGACGUGGUGUGGCACCAGAUGGACGAGAACCUGCUGGCCACGGCGGCCACCAACGGCGUGGUGGUGACCUGGAAUCUGGGCAAGCCCUCGCGCAACAAGCAGGACCAGCUGUUCACGGAGCACAAGCGCACGGUCAACAAGGUGUGCUUCCACCCCACCGAGGCCUACAUGCUGCUCAGCGGCUCCCAGGACGGCUACAUGAAGUGCUUUGACCUCCGCAAGAAGGACUCCGUCAGCACUUUCUCUGGUCAGUCAGAGAGUGUACGUGAUGUCCAGUUCAGUAUCCGUGACUACUUUACCUUUGCUGCCACCUUUGAGAAUGGCAAUGUGCAGCUCUGGGACAUUCGGAGGCCAGACCGAUAUGAAAGAAUGUUCACUGCUCACAAUGGCCCUGUCUUCUGCUGUGAUUGGCACCCUGAAGAUAGGGGCUGGUUGGCCACCGGGGGACGGGACAAGAUGGUCAAAGUGUGGGACAUGAACACGAACAGGGCCAAAGAAAUCUACUGCGUGCAGAGCAUCGCCUCAGUGGCCCGGGUCAAGUGGAGGCCAGAGUGCAAACACCACCUGGCCACGUGCUCCAUGAUGGUGGACCACAACAUCUAUGUGUGGGAUGUGCGGCGGCCCUAUAUUCCCUCGGCCAUGUUUGAAGAGCAUCGAGACGUCACGACCGGCAUCGUCUGGCGCCACCUUCACGAUCCCUACUUCCUGUUGUCUGGCUCCAAGGACAGCACCCUCUACCAGCACAUUUUCAAAGAUGCCAGCCAGCCCAUUGAGCGGGCCAACCCCGAAGGCCUGUGCUAUGGGCUCUUUGGGGACCUGGCAUUCGCAGCCAAAGAGAGCUUGGUGACAGUGGACUCAAACCGCAAGCCUUACCCGGGGGACCGGCGCCACCCCAUCUUCUUCAAGCGCAAGCUGGACCCCACAGAGCAGUUUGAGUCAGUGUCAUCCAGUGCCCUGAGUGUCUUUGAAACAGAGCCAGACAGCAGCAGCAUGGGCUGGUUUGUGGACACGGCUCGCCGCUACGCUCUGGCUGGCAGGUCCUUGGCUGAGCUCUGUGAUCACAAUGCCAAGGUUGCCAAGGAGCUGAGCCGAAAUCAGGUUGCUCAAACAUGGACCAUGCUGAGAAUUAUUUACUGCAGUCCUGGCACCAUGCCCUCUGCCAACCUGAACCACAGCAUCGGGAAGGGCAGCACCAGCCUUCCGCUCAUGAAUAGCUUCAGCCUGAAGGACAUGGCUUCUGGAAUGGGCAGUGAGGCCCGCUUGGAUUGGAGCAAGGGGGAGAACCGGAGCGAGAACCUCCUGCUGGACUCCUCUACUACCCUCAUCACUAAUGAUGAGAACGAGGAGACGGAAGGCAGCGACGUCCCUGCUGACUACCUCCUGGGCGAUGUGGAGGGAGACGAAGAUGAGCUGUACCUAAUGGAUCAUGAGAACGCCCACACGGAGGAGCCAGAGUACGUCCUGCCCCAGGAAGCUUUCCCUCUCCGCCAUGAGAUCGUGGACAAUCCCUCUGGUCCUGACCACCUGCAAGACAAGGCUGACUCACCCCACGUGAGUGGCAACGAGGCUGAGACAGUAUCUCUGACCCCCGUGGAGUCCUUCUCGCUCAUCUCCAUCUCCCACACACUCUAUGAGAGCCGCCUGCCUCCUGACUUCUUCAGUGCACUGGUGCGGGACAUGCUGCGCUUCUAUGCUGAGCAGGGUGAUGUACAGAUGGCCGUGUCUGUGCUGAUCGUGCUGGGCGAGCGCAUCCGAAAAGAGAUUGACGAGCAAACUCAGGAGCACUGGUACACCUCCUACAUAGAUCUGCUACAGCGAUUCAGGCUCUGGAACAUAUCUAACCAAGUAAUCAAGCUAAGCACCUGCCGAGCCAUCACCUGUCUGAACCAGGCCUCCACCACCCUGCACGUGAACUGCAGCAACUGCAAGAGGCCCAUGAGCAACAAGGGCUGGAUCUGUGACAGGUGCCGCCAGUGUGCCAGUACUUGUGCUGUGUGCCACCACGUCGUGAAGGGCUUAUUUGUGUGGUGCCAGGGCUGCAGCCACGGCGGUCAUCUACAGCAUAUCCUCAAGUGGCUGGAGAGUAGCACACACUGUCCAGCAGGCUGUGGCCAUCUCUGUGAGUACACCUGAGCUGCCCCAAGGGCUGCUGUCGGCACCAGCUGUCCUUGGGGCCCCCAGAAACAACGCGAGACUGCCAAAUCAAGUCGGGAAUGUUCCUGCCCCUGAUCGUCUUCUGAAGAAAAGGAAAGAUGCAUUUACAUCAUCUGCCCUUGAAUUGAGAGUUGGGAGACGUCUGGUCAAGAUUGAACUCUGCUAGCAAGUCAUAGCUUCUCUCCAGUCUGUUUCCUCAUGUGUAAAAAUUGCAGAGCUAUUGGGAGAAAAGCACUUUAUGAAUUGUUACAUAAGUAGAGGAGCUGGUUCCAUUGGAGUCUGAGAGGCUGGCCAACAUCCAGGCUCUUACCUCCUUCCAGGAAAGUCUCCUUUAAGAAGACUGUGGCUGUCAGUAGCUGAACGCUCUCUCUGACACUCCCCAGAAGAGAUUCUGGAGCAGGACAGACUAGGACAGAAUUUGCUUCAAUAAACAUUAAAUACUUUUAA